AUGGUGCGCAUGAGCGUUCUGGCCGAUUGCCUCAAAUCAAUCGUAAACGCAGAAAAAAGAGGAAGACGUCAAGUGCUAGUGAGACCCUCCUCGAAAGUGGUGGUCAAGUUCCUGCAAGUUAUGCAGAAACACGGCUAUAUCGGAAACUUCGACAUAGUCGACGACCAUCGCAGCGGAAAAAUCGUAGUUGAGCUGCUGGGAAGGAUCAACAAGUGCGCAGUGGUCUCGCCGCGCUACGACCUGACGCUGGACGACCUGGAGCAGUGGUCCUCGAACAUCCUGCCCAGCAGGCAGUUCGGACACCUGGUGCUGACGACGGCGUACGGAAUCAUGGACCACGAGGAGGCGCGCCGCAAACACACAGGAGGAAAGAUCCUGGGCUUCUUCUUCUAA